AUGGGAGAACGAGGCCCCGACCAGUGGUUGGAGCAGAUCAAAAACUGCAUACUGCUUUCGGAAAAUGACAUGAAGCAGCUUUGUGAGCUUGUCAAGGAGCUUUUGAUGGAGGAGUCCAAUAUCCAGCCGGUGCAGCUGCCAGUGACCGUUUGUGGUGACAUUCAUGGUCAAUUUCACGAUUUACUAGAGCUUUUCAAGAUUCUGGGUGGUCUUCCCACGGAGGACAAUGACUCAAAUUACAUCUUUUUGGGCGACUAUGUUGACAGAGGUUACUUUUCCUUGGAGACGUUUACGCUUCUCAUGGUUCUCAAGGUCAAAUUCCCCAACCGCAUCACCUUGGUCCGUGGCAACCACGAGUCCCGACAAAUCACCCAGGUUUACGGCUUUUACGACGAGUGCUUGACGAAAUACGGAUCCACGACGGUGUGGAAGUAUUGCUGUCAGGUGUUUGACUUUUUAACCCUUGCCGCCAUCAUCGACGGCAAGAUCUUGUGUGUGCAUGGCGGAUUGUCGCCGGAGAUCCGGAUGUUGGAUCAGAUCCGUGUUUUGAGCAGGGCUCAGGAAGUGCCUCAUGAGGGUGGGUUCUGUGACUUGGUCUGGUCUGACCCAGACAACAUCGAUAAAUGGGCCGUCUCGCCCCGUGGUGCUGGCUGGCUAUUUGGCCUGAAAGUCAGUCGUGAGUUCAAUCAUAUCAAUAACUUGGACUUGAUAGCAAGAGCGCAUCAGUUGGUCAUGGAAGGUUUCAGGUACCAUUUCAAGGAGAAGGACGUCGUCACAGUGUGGUCGGCUCCAAACUAUUGUUACAGAUGCGGUAAUGUUGCUAGUGUCAUGCAAGUGGGCAGCGACUUGGAGCCCAACUUCAAGAUCUUCAGUGCGGUCCAGGAGGGCGACUUGGCGGCCAAAAACAACUCAUCGAAGCAACAGCGUAUCGACUACUUCUUGUAG